UUUUCCUUUCCCCCUAUCUCUCUCUCUCAACACGGGCAUCCAAGUCAAAUAAUAAAAGCAAGUAUAACCAAAACCCUAAACGACAGAGCCAACCAUGUAAUUCGAUGUAGAAGACAAAAGGGUGGUCUUGAAACUAGGAAUGGAAAAUGCAAUUCGACAGAACCUUAAGCGUGUGGAGCAUCAUCGUGGUUUGGCUGUAGGCAUCAAGGGUGGUCUUGGAACUGGGAAGGGGAGAUGCAAUCCGGACUCUGAUGAAGUCUGCGAUUCGAGUUAUAGCGUCGGUGUUGUUGGUUCUGCGAUUGAAGUAUAUAUUCCGGGCUCUGUUGGCAUCGUGGUUUGGAAGGGGAGAUGUAAUCCGAACUCUGUCAGUGGUCAUUGCUCCACGGUUCAAUUUCAAAAGCAGUGCUUUUGGCAAGGAGAAUUUUCAAGGAUUCCAUAUCUCCCGGCGGCUACGUGUGAUGAACUGCAUCUAUAAGAAAUUCAUCAUCAUAGAAUUUUUAAAAUUUUGAACAGCCGGAGAGGAUGAGAGCUUGGAGAGACCUCAAUUUACAGAAACUCCUCGGGAGGCUCUCAAGUUCUUAGCAGUUCUUUCAAUUUACCAGAGCGAGUCUUUCAAGAAUUCCAAUAGAAUGAUGAGCCUCAGUCAAACUUUCGCAGUCUUGAAGCUGCAACUCCGCAAGAUUGGGUAGUUUCGAAAAAUCUGGGGUUUGUCUGAGGAAAUGGGAGUGACUGCAAUUAAGGAACUUCAACCGAUCAAGCAACUGGUGAACAAGAAUGCAUGAAAAGAAAAGGACAUCACAUGAUGAAUUUCCAUAUAUAUAUAUAUAUAUAAAGAGGCAUUAGAUUUUAGCAAACUGAAUUCUGAGAUCUGAUAAAUUGAAUGAAGGUCUAAUUCACAUACCAUGAAUCCUUCCAAGCCACUCUUAGGUUGCUAUAUUUCAUAUCAAUAGCAAAACCAGGCUUCCUGGAUACAGGUCAUCUGGUAUGAACUCUAGUGUAAAUCCAUGCCAAGAGAGCCAUUUCAGCUCUUUCGAAAGAUGUUCACAUCUUCCACUGAAUUGUACAUAAUUAAGCUGGAAAAGUCUCAGAUUUGGCAGCUUGCAAAAUGCUUUCAUAUCCACACUCAUGAUGUUAUUCAGAACCCUUUUUGUCAGCUAAAUGAAUUAUUUUACAAA